CCGUGGACCGUUUUCAUGCGCACAUAAGCCUGCAGUGUUUGCAGCUGGCGGUGUUGCGUUAUGUGUACUAGAGUCUGUACUAGAGUCGAGGUGUUACAACUAGCUAGGAGCAGUUCUGUACUGAAGAGUGGACGAGCCACUUCAUACGUUGAUUCUUGGGAGGUACAAAAAAAUAGCACAGAAAAGACCCCUAAUCUUGACUCGUCUCGGUUAGAUGGAGCAGGUACAAUCCGUAUUACAUGGAGCCAGAGAUCAGCAAGGAAGCCUACAGUAUACCGGAGACCGAGCUGACUGCUGAGGAGAAGGCACAACGUGAGCUCAAAGCUCUCAGACCCAUCAAGGCUGCUACCAACGGGGAGACCAGUUCUGUUUUCAAUGACCCAGUCUUGAGUAAAUUCAUCAACAUGAUUAUGAAAGACGGGAACAAGGUUCUGGCCAGAGAGAUCGUGACAGAGACAUUGGAGAAUAUCAAGAGGAAACAGGUGGAGAAGUAUCAUAAAGCUCCAGAGGGGAAGAAGGAAGAGAUUGAGUGUAACCCAUAUACCAUCUUUCACCAGGCUCUGGAGAACUGUAAGCCAGUCAUUGGGCUAAGUAGCAUACAGAAAGGCGGAAAGUACUAUCAGGUGCCCGUUCCACUUACUGACAACAGGCGUCGCUUUCUGGCAAUGAAAUGGCUAAUCACGGAGUGCAGGGAAAACAAGCACAGACGCACUCUCAUGUACGAAAAACUUUCCGAGGAACUCCUGGCAGCCUUUAUCAAGGAGGGCAACGUUAUUAAAAAGAAGUUCGAACUGCACAAGAUGGCUGAAGCCAACAGAGCCUUUGCCCAUUACCGGUGGUGGUAGUCCUCAGUUGUUAAAGAAACCCAAAGGGACCCAAUAUAAAAGAAGAACAACAACAACAAAACAAGUUAGUCAGAAAUGAUUGGCUGAACCGAUGGAUUUUUCUUUUCUUUUUUGCUGAAAAAUAAAAAGUGGUGGCCACAAAGUAUAAAUAGAAGAAUUGGUAAUAUGUGCCCCAAAACCUCACUGUACAUAGUAAACACUGCAAUUAUCCUCUGGUGAUAGGCCACUGUAUGAAAUGUUGUUAUAUUAUAAAUGGCUGGUUUCUGCAGUUAAGCUGUGAAACACUAGGGUGAAUUAAACAUGGGUAGCUGAAAAAUGUUUUGUUUUUUGUAUUGAGCUUGUAUGGCCAUAGUGUACAAUAAAUUGUGAGAAAACACACAGUGCCCAACCCUUACUUUUAACUGUCACAUACACACGACUGAGAAACCAAGGUCAAAAAACAUUGUUCAAACUCGAUAUAUUAGAGCUAGUCUUUUUGCAGUCUAUUCAAUCAAACAAAAAAGUCACUGGAACAAAUAAUGAACAUAAUAUUGAACAAAAACAUUACAGCAAGUACUACGCCCAGUCGCGACAGAGGGGACAUACUAUGUGCAACCCCAGCAUUGGGAGACAGACACUCCAGACUCAACUUGGUAAUUUCUAGAGAAUCAAAGUCAUAAGCAGUCAGCAAGCUUAUCCAGUUGUUCAUGAUAAGAUUAUACUCAGUUACCAAUAUCUGGGUACACACAAUGCUGGAGAAGAAACCUAAACAGGAACCGUGUGCUACGUACGCAGGGUUUCCCUCCAACCAGUCACUGCACCGUCACCCAGAGGAUGUGUGAAAUCAGCUGGUGUAACGAUUGGUGAGAAGGAAACCCGGCAUGCUCUUAAGGACCUCGUUGGUCCUGGAUGCCUGUGUUUGGCCUGAAGAAUUUUUUGAGAUGUCUUGCAUGUCCUAAAUCUCACAAGAGUUGGAAAUUUCCUGCAAUUAAGAAGGUUUUUAUUUGUAAUGAGGUUUUUUUUUUUAGCCAACUUACAUAAAGCAUCUCUUAAAAUAUUACUUGAUUUUAAUUCUUCCUAUGAGCCGGAUUGAUGAGAAAGUUUUCCUCUUAGCAGUGGUGAAAGUGAACUAAGACGUAAAGCGACUUAAUUUUCAAAUGCUUUGAGAAACUCUGUCCCUCGCGCUGUUGUAUCUAUCAAACCCAUUAUAAACUUUAGUUGUCAAUUUAUGCCAUAGAGGUUGCAGGAAUCAUAUGACCAAAUAAAGCAUUGCUUAAUGUUCAUGUGAUUGUCAGUAGCAUGUCCCACUUUAACCUUGCUAGUGUUCAUCCUGUGUUUGUGUUCGAUGCCAAGGCACUGCUUUGGUUUUGAGUCAUUAAAGCUGUCACUGAGCAUAGCAGAAGUAAGUUGUAACAUUAUGGUAAUGCAAGUGCUGGUGAAACCUUAACAUUCAAUUAAUCAAAAUACAAUUCAAAUGAACAAGAGGACCAUGACCCCCUCAAAAGGUGAAAUAACAAAAAUCAGAGUAAAUGCAAUGAUCUACUGGAGAUGUACUCUGCAUACAACUUAUCAUGGCAAAUUAAAACAAGCCCAAGGGGAUGGAUAGAGAGAGACUUGAUUUAAAAAAAUGUUUGGAAUUUGUCGAAGUGGUCCUGUAUUGGGUAUGAUUCUGUAUAUGUCAUGUUGGCACUAUUUCUUUUACAAAAGAAACAAAUGUAAACCCUGAUGUUAUGAGACUUAUAAACAUUGGCUUUUGUUAAUGCACUGCUGUACGUAUGAAAAUGACUUUAAAAAAAAAAAUCUACUUCAAUCAAAAACUAGCCUAAAUUGUAUUCAACGAGUGAUUACUUUUUCAUCCUUUUCCUGAAAUGAAAACGUCUGUAAAGACUUAACACCUUAUUCUACAUUAAAGAUAAUCCCUGAUUUACAUCGAAAUGCUUUUGCAAACACUUAAAGCUUGCACAUCCCACAAACCUAAAAUGCUGAAACAAAUAUCACCAUAUGUAUCCUAUAGAACAAAAUAAGUCAAUUUAUUUGUAUAGACCAGGGAUGGGCAACAUGAUCCAGAAAGGGCUGGUGUGGGUGCAGGUCUUGGUUCCAACCAAGCAGUUACAC